AUGGACAACUCCUUCGAAGAGGAUGAUGUGGAGAAGGAAGUAGCAUUCCUUGCAAAGAACUUUCGAAAAUUUCUGAAGAUGAACAACAGUGGGAAGCCUUUCAACAAAGGAAAGUUUUCAUCUCCCAAGGGUGAUAGGAAGGAAUUUAGGAAGAAAGAUGGGAAGGAGUCUCAAUCUACUCAAGGAAUCACUUGCUUUGAGUGCAAUGGACAUGGACAUGUCAAGAGAGAAUGUUUUAAUUAUUUGAGAAUGAAGGGCAAGGCAUAUGCCACAACUCUCAGUGAUUUGGACUCUUCCAAUUCAAAUUCAGAGGGUAGUUGUGAUGAAGAAGGAACUUCUCAGCAUUUAUGA